AUGCCUCUGGCCCCCCAUUCCAAACUUGAUUACUGUUGCAGGCUCAGGACCUUGCAGCCUAGUCGAUCCCAGUUCACACUGAAACCCACGCAGGUUCGGGACUGGCCAAACUUUACAAGGGAAAUCAAGGACCUCCUGGACCCAUACUGUGGCAAGUAUGAGCCCUUUAUGCCUGUUAUACGUCGAGAGGUCUUUGGCGUGGCCAACGAAUUAGGGGUGCAGGGAUGUUUUGUCAACAACGCCCUGCACCCUGUGGGCGAGAUCGCCAACCUGCUGAGGUUAGGUGUCUGUUUUGGAGACCCACAAUACGGUAUAAACAGACGCCAGGAUGAGAUCAAGAAAGGGAAAAAGCGGAAGCACGGAGCGCAGAAGACAGACAAUGUGAAAGGCAAGCUUGUGCCGGAUCUCACAUUGACUAGUCAUCAUGGGCCAUCCGCAGCAAAACUGUGGUGUGAAAGGGAAAAGAUCACGUAUAAUCCAUUUCGGCCGCCUCGAAAAUGGAAGGGUUCUUUUGUCGGGCUUUUCGAGAUUGCUGUCUUUGAUAAGGCAUAUACAAUGCGCAAUAGGGAGGCACAAUUACCCAUUACCGCGAAGUGGAUGUUGGCCAGGGGAUUCCGCCUGGUAGCCGAUUGGCCCGGAAAGUGGGUUCUUCCGGCCGCUAAGCAGUCCCACAAAGGAUAG